GCUCUUGGGCGCCCCACAGCGGGGGCCCCUCUUGUCCAAAAUCCAGAUGAAGAAUUUCCUUCUACUAGUGAGUCUGUGUUUCCUUGGAUCUGCCAGAGGAGCAUCAACUCAAUCUGAUGAGCUUCUUGGCUCUAUGGAUCAUCAGGCAUCAGUUCAGCAACUCUCAGGUGACUACUUUUCACUUGCAAACCCUCCGGAUGAGGCUUUAUAUGAGACUUCUUCAGUCGACAGCGCUUUGAGUGAGCAUGGUUCAAGUGAGACAGCUGCAGCCCAACAUGCUUCCGGUGAGCCGCUGGCAGUUGAACACGCAGGCGGGCCCGCUUCAGUUGAUCACGCUACUGCGGUUGAGCAUGCUCCAGGGGAGGCCGCUGCCGGUGAGCACACACUGAAUGAGCACGCUUCCGGUGAACAGCCUUCUGUGGAACAACCUAUAGGUGAGCAGCCUCUAGGCGAACAGUCUGUCGGUGAACAGGCCAUAGGCGAACAGCCCACAAGCGAACAGGUUGCAAGUGAUAAGCCUGUAGGGGAACAGUCUGCAGUUGAACCGGCCUCAGCCGAACAGGUCUCAGGUGAUAAACUGGGCGAUCAAUCUUCAGGGGAACAGCCCUCAGACCUCCCGCCUUCAAGCACAUUUUCAGGCCCGUCCUUAAGCUGCCACACAUGCUCUUAUAUGAACGACCAAGGAAAAUGUCUUCGUGGCGAGGGAGUCUGCGCCACCCAGAAUUCCCAGCAGUGCAUGUUAAAGAAGAUCUUUGAAGGUGGAAAACUUCAAUUCAUGGUUCAGGGAUGUGAGAACAUGUGCCCAUCCAUGAACCUCUUCUCCCACGGAACCAGGAUGCAAAUUAUAUGCUGUCGGAAUCAGUCUUUCUGCAACAAGAUCUAGCAGCCUAUACCCUGGCUUCUUGAUCUGACUCAGGCAGCAAAAAUCCUCCACCACCCUACCGGGCUCAAUUUAUAUUUAGUGUCUUCCCCAGGCAACUGCUAAUUACAUCUUUCUCUGCCUGUCAGACCAGAAUCUCUAAUAUCCUAUCUUUCCUCUCCAUGCCGUUAUCCAUCCUUCUCUGCCCUCCGUCUUUCUUAUCCCUUACCCCAUCUCUCAACAUUCUUUUCUUUCUCAAUAAAUUAUGCAUAAUUAAAGAAUACUGACUCUAGGCAGACAUCUUUUCCCAUCCACCAGGGGCAGGGUCACCCUGAGCUUCCUUCUGCUCCACACACUAAAGUGGUUGCAUUUUUUAAAAAGACUUAUUUCAUUUUUUUAUUUUUGGCUGUGGUGGGUCUUCGCUGCUGUGUGUAGGCUUUCUCUAACUGCAGUUGCAGAGCAAGGGCUCUAGGCAAGCCGGCUUAGUAGUUAAAGCGCACCGGUUUAGUUGCCCUGCGGCAUGUGGGAUCUUCCCAGAGCAGAGAUCAAAACCACGUCCUUUGCAUUGGCAGGUGGAUUCUUUAUCACUGGACCACCAGGGAAGCCCUAAAGUGGAUGCUUUUUUAAACAAUUCCACAUUUCUCAAAGUGAAGGGGUCCCCCAGGGCAGGGACCAUGAAGAGGAAUGCGAAGUAGGUGUUUAGGAGCUUAAACUAAUAUAGCAAGUCGUUAUCUCUGACCCCAACCUUUCCAUCCCUAUGGAAACCAAACUCACUUCUACUUACCACAAUGUUCAAAACCUACCCCUCUUCUUGGGACCUUGAGAGUUAUAAGUGGAGACUCUAUGCUUAACAGAAUUAUAACAAUGAUUCCUUUUAUCUGCUACAUAAAUAGAACAGGUCAUAAUUAUCUUAAUUAAAUCUUUUUCUCACACACAAUGUCACUGGCUUGUCUCAGCAUAGAGGGGUAGGUGGAAACUGUAUAAGCCCCUCUCAUCUUGUAUUACAGUUACACUCUUCAAAGUGUUUUCACAGCUGAUCCGCUGAAAAGAGCCCAGAAAGGCAGUGAGGAAAGACAGCAUCACCCU